AUGUAUGAUCAAAAAUUAUCUUCAAAUGAACAUUUUUCAACCCCAGAAAAAAGUGAGUCCUGCUUUGCCCAACCAAAGCCAUGUAUGCUGGGAAGAGAAUCUACUUUGUAUGACAAUGGACAAAGGGAAAGCCUUCCUCCAUUAGAAAAACUCAAGGUUUCAGCAGUAUCUACAGCUAAUGGUGUUAAAUCCAUCUGUGAACAGCCCCUGGCAGAAGAUGUAGCCCCUGGAAAGGAUGCCGCAAAACACUCAGAAUGCACGGAGAAGACUCAGCCUAUAGAGGGACCAGGUGGCAAAGAUGAUACCACCCCGGGAGCAGAAGAAGAGAAGAAAGAUGUGAAAGCAGUGACAGAAGCUCAGCCUUUAAAAGAAAAUGCUGAGGCUGAACCUUUAGGAACACAAGCUGAGGGUCAGCCUUUGAGGACAGGAGGAGAGAGGGACUCCCCUGGCGUGGUGGAAGGUGCUGAGAAUCCACCAACUGCCAGAGAGAUGAUGCUUCUAGGAACAGCUGAGAACAUUCUGCCUCUGGAAACAGCUACAGAGCUGCGACCUCAAGAAGCGAUGGAAAAGGAUGAGCAGGUCCAACUUCUGGAAACAAUACCCAGAGAGAAUGAAUCUCCAGAAAUCUUGGAAGGCAGUCAGCCUGUGGAAAUAGCUGAAGAGCAGCAACUUCAGGGAACACUGGGAACACAGGAGCAGUCUCAGCUUCUAGAAACAAUUCCCAAAGACCAUGUAACACCAGAAGUCUUGGACAGGAGUCAGCUUGUGGCAACACCUGUAAUGAAUGAUCCACUCCGUAAAACUCCUGAAGGUCCAGGAAACUUGGAGCAGAUUCGACUUGAAGGAAUAGUUGGAAGCUUGGAGCAUCCAGCAGAAGCUGCAGAGACAGGGGCUGGUGUGGAAAUUCCGGUCAGAAAAAUUCAUACUAAUGAAGAGGACCAACACAUCGAAGGUGAGACAGGGGAAAAGAUGGAAACAGAGAUGGAGAAUGAGAAAGUGAGUGAAGGGGCUGAAACGAAAGAAGAAGAAACAGGAGAAGCUGUGGACCUUUCAGCAGCCACAUAG